UCAAAGGUUGUGCGCCACUGUGUAUUUUUGAAAUCCUAGCGGAUUGCAAUGGAAAUACCAUGGAUUGAGAAGUACAGACCGAGCUCGAUAGAAGAUCUUAUAAGUCAUGACGACAUAUCAAAAACUAGUAUUUCCAAAUAAAUUCAACUGCUGUUGUAGUAAAGAGAUUUAUUGAUAAUGACAGGCUACCGCAUUUACUGUUUUAUGGUCCACCGGGAACGGGAAAAACUAGCACUAUCCUAGCUGCCGCAAAGCGUUUGUACUCUCGUCAGUUUGCAUCCAUGGUUUUAGAGCUUAAUGCCUCCGAUGAUCGGGGGAUUGAUGUUGUUCGUGAACAAGUACUGAGUUUCGCCAGCACGAAAACUCUCUUCGCUGGAAAAUUCAAGCUGGUUAUUCUAGACGAAGCUGAUUCCAUGACAAAAGACGCUCAAAAUGCACUUCGAAGAAUUAUCGAAAAAUUUACGGAAAACACCCGAUUUUGUUUAAUUUGUAACUACUUGUCGAAAAUUAUCCCUGCAAUCCAAUCACGGUGCACCAAGUUCCGUUUUGCACCACUGCCCUUCAAUGAUGUCAGUGUGUGUCUUCGAAAAAUUGCAUCAAAUGAAGGCGUCGAUUUAACAGACGAUGGAGUAAAAGCAAUUUAUCAGUUUGCAGCUGGGGAUAUGCGUAAAUCUAUCAACUUAUUACAGAGUACAUCUAUGUCUUCAAAAACUGUCGACGGACCUUCUGUCUAUGCUUGUGUUGCAUAUCCUUCACCGGCUGAGGUUCGAUCGCUAUUGGAUCAUGUACUGAAUGAACCGAUCAGUACUGCCUAUCACAAUAUUACAGCAGUAAAAAAUUUGAAAGGAAUUGCAUUGCAAGAUAUAAUUACAGAAAUUCAUCCAUUGAUAAUGCGUAUUGAUUUGCCGGAUGCAAUACGCUGUGAUUUAUUAAUUGCGUUAUCCGAUAUAGAAAAUCGUAUGUCACAAGGAGCAUCAGAAAGAUUACAAUUGGGUGCAUUUGUUUCAGCAUUUACUCGAGCAAAAAUAGCACUAGAGUCCAAGAUUCUCUAAAAAAAAGAGUUCUCCAUUUCAAUUAUGUUCUCAUGUUUAAUAAAUCAAUCUUUGCAA